CAAGCAAAAAAAGAAAACCUAGUCUCAAACAAUGACAUAAACUUUCCCAGGAUUCAUCGCUUUAACCCGGUGCUCUCUUCUGCGGUUGUUUCAAACAUGGAGGAGAGGGAAAGAAAAAGUGUCAAGUCAGAUAGUAAAGAGACGGUAUCUGCACCAUCUUCGAGUACAGCUUCAAUUGCCGAGAAUGAUCCAAAUGUAGAUGAUAGUGCCAGGGACGAUAGCGCAGAUCAAAUAAAUGUUUGCUCUGAAAAGUUUAACCCGCUGUUGGCCUUGUACUGUCCGUCAGCUCCGCCGCUUCCUUUUCCAAACAUCAAGUGCUUCAACAAUGUGGCAGAGUACGAGAGCUUUCUCAAAGGCGGCCGGGGUCGAGCCAAACCCGAGAAUGUGGAGAAAAAGCUGCGAAAGGCGAUGAAAGGGGUGGCGGACCCGGAGCGUAUUGAGAGGCUGAAGAAGCUCAUGGUGAACAACCCGGUGUCGGGCUCUGCGGAGGGGGAGAGCAGCGGCACGACGCCGAGGAGGAGGCAGAAGCCCCAGAAAAAUGUCCUAACAAGGAUGUCCCUGUGUAAGGGGGGUCCUUUGGGGGAGCUGAAUCGCUGCGUCGAGGAGAGGAUAAGAGUCAAAGUUCACAUCAGGACCUUUAAAGGACUGCGGGGGGUGUGCUCUGGCUUUGUUGUGGCCUUCGACAAGUUCUGGAACAUGGCGAUGGUGGAUGUAGAUGAGACGUACAGAGAGCCUUUAUUUGGAGAGGCAUUAUACCAUGAGAAAGCCCUCACCAUUUCACGGCUCUUCCAGAAGCUAAAUCUCCAGGAAAGCCGAGGAGGCAGCGAGCUAGUGAAAAAGCGGGAAGCCAGAGAAAAAGCCAGCGAGCAUCAACCCGCAAAUCCCAAAGCUGCUCCAAAAAGCCGCGACCCUGAGCCUGCUGAUAGGAGCAGGGGUGGCAGCACAGCAGAGUCUGAGCUGUCAGAGGCUUUUAAAAGCAAACAGGAUCAACACAAAGUCUCAGUAAAGGCCUGCGGUCCAAAGGCUCAUCCGAAGACGGAAUCCCAAACUUAUGGGAAGGUUCACACGCGCCACAUCAACCAGCUUUUCAUCCGUGGCGAGAAUGUUAUCCUGGUUAACCUCCAACCACUCUGAUUCAUUUUUUUUUUCUGGCUGAUAUUCACCCUGGACAGAAGAACGCUGUGAUACAACAGGUUUUGUUGAACAGUCUGCAUGAAAAACUGCUCAUCAGUAUGAUUCAGAUAGAUUGAGAAGAAUCAAACACACACUGUUAUAUCAUAUUGAUAUGGACGUUUUUCUCAGUCCACCGGAGAAAUGAUCGUGCUUCUGUGGCAUAAAAUCUUAUUUGUAAUUAUUGUAA